AACACAUGCUGUCCUGUCUCUCUAUAAGCUAAUUCUCUCUCCUCUCUAGUGAUCAGCUGUGUUUCUUUCUGAUACAGCAAGGUCCAGUGCUUUGGCUUUCCUCAUAAUGCAAAAGGCCAAAGAGUUAUUAAACUUGGAUUAGUACUUAUUCUUGGUCUUGUGCGAGAUGGAGAAUGAUUGUAUAGAGGACAUGGACAUUGAGGCCGUUCCUUCAAUGUGGCCUGAAGAUAUUGGAACCGAGGUUGGAAAGCAGUUCAAUAUAGAAAAGCCUGGAAGGGACCAAGACAUGUUAGAGGAGGUUACAAUCAUAGAGGACCCAACUAUAGUUGAUUUCAAACGUCUAAUGGAGCUGACAAAUUUUACAGAAAAAGGGUCUUCUCAGUUGGCAUACCUAAUGAAACAAUGGGAGUACAAGCAGGCCAAUGUUGUGCGCCUUCUGAGGGAAGAACUUGACAACCUAAGCAAACAAAGGCAAGAUGUUGAGCUCAGGAAGUUGGAGAUUUUGGAAGAGCACCGGUUCGAGGAAGAACGUUAUGGGGGUGAUAAACGCCCGGUUUCUAUAUUGGAUGAUGUUUAUGAUGGUAUAUGGCAUGAUAUACCAUGCAGGAAGAGUGAUGUUGUGGUUCAAAGCAAGAGGAGUGAGAUUGAUGCUGAGUAUGACACUGUCAUGUACUGGAAACAGCGAGCUUUGCAUUUGGAAAAGCAGCUUGAGGCAAGUAUCCAAAGAGAACAAAUACUUGAAGAUAAGUUGCUAGAGAGUAUAGCAAAUAUUGAAAGGCAGUCCUCACCUGUGGAAGAACUCUCCCAAAUUCUCAAGAGAGCAGAUAAUUUCUUGCAUUUUAUACUCCAAAAUGCUCCUGUUGUUAUUGGCCAUCAGGACAAAGAGCUGCGCUACUGCUUUAUCUAUAAUCAUUUUCCAAGUUUACAAGAGGAGGACAUCAUAGGAAAAACUGAUGUCGAAAUAUUCACGGGAGCUGGUGUUAAGGAAUCUCAAGAUUUUAAGAGAGAAGUUUUGGAAAAAGGGUUACCUGCGAAAAGGGAAAUCACUUUUGAGACAGAACUAUUUGGGUCCAAGACAUUUUUGAUAUAUGUAGAACCUGUCUUUAGCAAGGCAGGGGAGACAAUUGGAAUAAACUACAUGGGAAUGGAUGUAACCGAUCAGGUGCGAAAAAGAGAAAGAAUGGCAAAGAUUCGAGAAGAGAUUGCUGUUCAGAAAGCCAAGGAAACAGAACUGAAUAGAACCAUUCACAUUACAGAGGAAACUAUGCGAGCAAAACAAAUGCUGGCAACAAUGUCUCAUGAGAUAAGAUCUCCAUUGUCUGGGGUUGUUAGCAUGGCUGAAAUUCUUUCUAACACAAAACUUGAUUGGGAGCAAAGACAACUCUUGGAUGUCAUGCUAUCUUCUGGAGAUUUGGUUCUUCAACUUAUAAAUGACAUACUUGAUCUUUCCAAGGUUGAGUCAGGAGUGAUGAAAUUGGAAGCUACUAAAUUCCGGCCAAGAGAGGUAGUCAAGCAUGUACUCCAGACCGCUGCGGCUUCAUUGCAAAAAAUGUUAACUUUAGAAGGACAGGUGGCAGAUGAUGUACCUAUUGAGGUUAUUGGUGAUGUAUUGAGGAUGCGGCAAAUUCUCACAAAUUUAAUUAGCAACGCCAUCAAGUUUACUCAUGAAGGCAAAGUUGGGAUAAACCUUUACGUUGUGCCAGAGCCUACAUUUGCAAAAGCAGAAUGCAUCCAAAAGAUGACUCCAAACCAGUCAACUAUUUCAAUGAAUGGUGUGAAAGAAGAUAAGUAUCUCUCAACACCACAAAGUGGCUGUGAUCGAAAUCUUCUUGAUGGUUGUCAGAAACAUGGCGAUCGCCUCAGCCAAAAUCAUGCAUUCAAUGAAGAAUGUAGAUCUCCAGUUAAAAGCGAAUGCUCAAUGAACGGAGACACAGAGGAGCAACCUCAUUCAGCUGAAACAACAGUGUGGAUACGUUGUGAUGUAUAUGACACAGGCAUAGGAAUACCAGAAGAUGCUAUACCAACUUUGUUUAAAAGGUACAUGCAAGUCAGUGCAGACCACGCUCGAAAAUAUGGUGGCACAGGGCUAGGACUAGCAAUAUGCAAACAACUGGUUGAGUUGAUGGGGGGUCAACUAACAGUGUCUAGCAAAGAACACCAUGGUUCUACCUUCACUUUCAUACUCCCAUACAAGGUUUCAAUUGCUUGUGAUCAAUCUGAUGAUCCGGAUGAGCUUUCUGAUGUGGAGAAUAAUGAUGCUGCAUCUGAUGAUACAAUAGAGAGUUUCUUCCAAUUCCAACCACGCACUUUGGGCUCUCUAUUCUCUUCUAAUGGAUCUAGCAGGACACAGAAGUUGCUACCACAGAAAAUUGGCUACACCAGCUCACAUAAACUCGGAUUUUCUGAGAGCUUAUUCCCCUCCAAUGAUAUCAUGUCAAAAGGGAUAUGUUCCCUUGAUGAUGCAUCUUCAGUGGUUGAUACUCUGGAGAUGUCUGAAUCAGCUAGUUCUUGUGGUCACAGUCCAGAAGCAAAGAACAAAAAUUUAGUUAGAAGAGAUAAACAGCAUCAAGAUAAGGCUCAUGUUUGGUCCCUGAAUGGUUAUGCAGAUUCCUCUGAAGCUACUGUGGCCAAUAGAGAAAUGGUUGUAGCAACGAAGUCUAGUGAACACCAACAAACAUGUCAGGGUCAAGGAAAGGCAAACACAACUACCAAAUGUGUUACAAGCAGCAGCACAUCAGAAGUAACCAAAUCCACAUUGAAGCCUAAGAUCCUACUAGUUGAAGAUAACAAGAUUAAUGUCAUGGUGACACAAUCCAUGAUGAAGCAAUUAGGUCAUAGCAUAGAUGUUGUGAAUAAUGGAGUGGAAGCUGUACGUGCAGUUCAACGAUGCACUUAUGACCUGGUUCUGAUGGAUGUUUGCAUGCCAAUUAUGAAUGGUCUUCAAGCAACAAAACUGAUUCGGUCUUUUGAGGAAACAGGCACUUGGGAUGCUGCAAGAAAUGCUGGAAUCGAGCAAUGUCUACCAGAUUCAGAUUAUGAAUGUUCUGUACUAUCUACAAAGCGGAUCCCCAUUGUUGCCAUGACAGCAAAUGCUUUGUCAGAGAGUGCUGAAGAAUGUUUUGCAAAUGGUAUGGACUCGUUUGUGUCAAAACCUGUGACUUUCCAAAAACUGAAAGAGUGUAUUGAACAAUACCUGUAAUGUGAUAUCCUUGUAAAUUCCAGCUAGUGUAAAAAAGAAUGUAUAAAAAGUCUAGGAAAUUUUUGUAAUGAAUGCAUCAUUUUCUCAACCUUAGUGUCUACCUCAAGCUGUAUAGAUCUACAAUGUUCUUUUUCAUUUUCCCAAAUUAUUUUGGUAGUUCUGAAUGGAGUGCAGGAAUCACUACUAUUGAGGAAAUUCAGAAAA